CACCCUCUCUCUUUCUUUCUCUCUCGUUCGCGCGCGCUCAUCUCCAUCAUCCUCUCGCUACUGAGAAAAAACCCGCCAGCGCGAAACAGAUGGGAAGGCAUCCGCGGAAUUUGCGACCGUUACCGUGCAGAGAAUAGCCGUCAAAACUUAACGGACACCGACAAGAAGUUCAUUGCGUCCAGAAGACUUCUGGACUGAGAACUUGAGGACAUUUCACGUCUGUUCACGACUGGAAAAGGCAGGGUGGGCCAUGCCAUUCGGCUGUUUAAAACCUGGCGAGAAGAAGGACUACAACAGUCCAACAGAAAUCACAGACAAAUAUGAUCUGGGCCAGAUUGUUAAAUCGGAGGAGUUCUGCGAGAUCUUCAGGGCAAAGGAUAAGAACACACUCAAAAUGUACACUUGCAAAAAGUUCCUGAAGAAAGAUGGAAGAAAAGUGCGGAAGGCUGCCAAAAAUGAGAUUCUCAUCCUCAAGAUGGUGAAACACCCCAACAUCCUCCAGCUGGUCGAUGUCUACGAGACCCGGAAAGAGUACUACCUUUUCCUGGAGCUAGCCACAGGUCGGGAGGUGUUUGACUGGAUUCUGGAUCAAGGCUAUUAUUCUGAAAGGGACACCAGUAAUGUUAUCAGACAGGUGAUGGAGGCAGUUGCUUACCUGCACAGCCUGAAGAUCGUUCACAGGAACCUAAAGCUUGAGAAUCUGGUGUACUACAACCGACUGAAACAUUCGAAAAUAGUCAUCAGUGAUUUCCAUCUGGCAAAACUGGAGAAUGGACUCAUCAAGGAGCCCUGUGGAACCCCAGAGUAUCUGGCCCCAGAGGUUGUUGGGAGACAGAGAUAUGGCCGACCUGUGGACUGCUGGGCCCUUGGUGUGAUCAUGUACAUACUGCUCUCCGGAAAUCCUCCAUUCUAUGAUGAAACAGAUGAUGAUGACUAUGAAAACCAUGACAAGAACCUCUUCCGGAAGAUUCUUGCUGGAGACUACGAGUUUGACUCACCAUACUGGGAUGAAAUUUCAGAUUCUGCUAAAAACUUAGUGUCACGUCUUAUGGAGGUGGACCAGGAUCAGAGAUUGACUGCACAAGAAGCCAUCAACCAUGAAUGGAUAUCUGGAAAUGCUGCUUCAGACAAGAACAUCAAGGAAAACGUGUGUGCACAAAUUGAGAAGAACUUCGCCAAAGCUAAGUGGAAGAAAGCCGUACGGGUCACGACCAUGAUGAAGCGUCUCAGGGCACCAGAGCAUCAGACAGCGGCACCGGCAGCAGGAGCAGCAGCCGUACCAGGUGCACCCAACCCUGCAGACGGCGCUCAGGAAAACGCUCAAACAACAUCAGAGGCCUCCACAGCCCCAUCGAGCACCGCUGAAAGCAACUCGAUGAGCACAGAAGCCCCUGCCGCGGAAGCUCCCAGUGAUGAAAUAGUGGCCGCUGCCGUCCAGCCACCAGCUGAGCCUGUUCUUCACGCCCCAGCUCCCGAACAGCCCGAUCCAACAUCGCGAUGCAACGGAGAGGCUUUAGCUCCCCUGCCAUCGGACACAGGGGAGGAACAGAGCGGUUAAUCUCGCUACCUCUCUCCCACCUGCGUUUAGAUCCUGCACACCUGUAAAUAAGCAGCAAGCAUGCUAACACUGAUCCCGCAGCACAUAGCAUUACUCUCAACACGCUCUAUCAUGAGCCGAAUUCUAAAACAUUUCCCAGCAAAGCAUCUGUUUUCUAUUGAAUCACAAGCUGUGUGACGCAUAUUGAAGGCUCUGGCUACUUUAACUUUGCGAAAAAGAAGAAAAAAAGCUGUUUUCUGCUUACAUUAAGCCAAGAUUGGAAACUUUAACAUUGAUCUGCAUACAUGUUUUAGGAUAGAUUAUCAAAGCAGGCCUCAUUUUAUAAUUACUUUUUUUUUUAUUUAAUGCAUUGCAGUUAACGUCUGUCUUGAGCAGGUAGUCAGAGGAGCACAGAUACACAGCUUCAUGUGCAAUGUAAAGUUUCUGUAAAUAGCUUCUUAACCUCUGUAGAUUAGACGUAGCCAAGAACAGCAUGCUUUUUCAAAUCUGCUGUUUAUGACACUCAUCUCUGGGCAAUUGACACAUUCAGCUUCAGCUUUACAUAGACAUUUCUUGUCUUGAUCGAACACACACUCACAAAAUGUUGCCAUCAGUUUAAAGGGAUUUGUAUAAAAAAUACUUCAGCAGCAACUAAGGCGACUAAAUUCAUCUUGUAAUUGCAUUUUAAAGAUUGAGACAUGUGGCCCAAUAAAUGGAGCAGAGUAGGUAAACAUAAGAAAUACCUCAAAUCUGCUUGGUAGCUAGCCACAUGAACAGUGGAAAAUGAGAUCUGUAAUGUAUUAUAUACUCAUUUGCAUACAUUGUACGUGUUUUGAGUAAUACACCUCUUCAUUUUAAAAGUACAUAGCCAUGCACAGUGAAGUUUAUUUUCAAUAGAAUUUCAUCUGAAGCAUAGAUGUACAUAAGUUACAGUGAUACAACCAUUUUAUGCCUACUUCUUUUGUUGGGUUGAAUAUUUACUCUGUCUAUUUUUUUUUAUAUUGUACCUUCCCCUACUAAUCUAUAAUGCAAUUAAUCUAUAAUGAAUAUAUUCUGAGACAUAUAAUUUAUCAGACUUAAAUUAAAAAAUAUACAUAUUUAUCUUUUUUUUUUUUUAGAUUAACCCUAAUCUUUUUUUAGUUGAAAAUAUGUAACAGGGAUCAGUUACUUACUUAUUCCUGUCAUUUUUAUUUAUAUAGCUCAUUACACAGUACAGAUUAUUAUAAAAAUAAUUAAAAAAAAAAAAAAUCUAAAAUUGCUAUUAAAAACUAAUUUUUCCACACAUAAACUAUAUACAGUAGUCAACAUUUUUAGUGGAUCAAAACUUUAUCAAAGUUAUCCUAAAACUAAAACAAAACCCUUUAUUGUCUUAGGACAACUUUGAUGAACUUUUUUAAACCACUUAAAAUGUUGACUACUGUAUAUAUACAUAUAUUUUUUUCUCUAUUCUCUAUUUAUAGAUCUCAUUGACUAACCCAUAAGUGCUGCAGGAAUAAAACAGUGUUUUUGCACUUCUGGUUUCACCUGAAUUUAGUGGGGGUUUCUUAAUGGACUUUGGUUAAAUGCCUGAAAUAAGAUCUAAUAUUUUAAGUAGCGCUGUCAAAAUUAGCGCAUUAAUGUAGGCAAUUUCAUUUUUCCAGUUUAACGGCAUUAAAAAAAACGGCAGCUCUAAAAUAAAUAGCAGCCAAAUAACCUAAUAACCCAGCUGCUGUGAUGUCUAUAAAUUAAUUAAAAAAAAAAAGAAAAAAAAAAAAGAAAUUAAUAACUUUUGUAGCUUUAAGCAUUUAUCUAUUUUUAAUUUAGCAUUUAGUGUGUGAUAACUUUAUUCAAUUUUUGUGUAUUUCCUACUUGGUAUAGAGCACAGGUAAAUAAGUUUACUUAAAUUAGAAGUUAUUUUUUUAAAAGUCUAAUAAAUAUUAAUUUAUAGUUCAAAUACACUGUAAUGAUGAACGGCUAUAGUCAAUGUUUAAAUAUUAGGGGGGAAAAAUUUACUUAUUAAUUUAUGAAAAUAAUAUUGGUUUCAGUGAUGCUUUCAGUGCUUAAAAAUGUUUAAAAAAAAAAAAAAAAAAAAAUUAAAAAUACUGUUUGUUUCUCCAUUAUUUUGAAGAUUGAAUGUGAAAUUAUUGCAAUAUAAAAGUAUAUUUAAAAACUUUAACGUAAGGUGGGAUUAAUCACGAAUAAUUUCAGUUAAUUUCAGAAAAAAAUGUGAUUUUUUUUUUUUUUAAAUCGACUGACAGCACUAAUUUUAAGAUAUUUAACUACAAUAAUAAUUCUUAAUUGCUAAAUAAAACAUUAAACAUCAAAACCAAAGUUGUAUUAAUUUGCGAUUAUCUUGAACAAAAUGGGCAAUACUCGCACACUUACUGAUCGCAGAGCUUAUUUGCUGCAAUAACCAAAAUCCUAUAGGCUGUUUGUCAGGGGAGCCUGUGUGAUGCCUAUAAAAAUACUUUAUCCCUGCAGCACUCUAUAUUGGGUAGAUAUAUUCUUGCCUAAAGCAAAGAGUCUUAAACACUAAUGAUCCUAAUUGAGUCUAGCCCUAUUAACCAAACCCUAACGACUUAACAUUUUAGCAGACAGCUUUACUUAUUUUAUAGAAAUGUCUGCUUUCAGCAACAGACACCUCAUCUUUCACAAUUUCAUACAGAUCUUUCUCAUUAAACAUUCACGCUUCACUAGUGUGUGGUGUUUACUGUCUGUUACUCAUAAUAGCAGCACUGAUUAAUUUUUAAGUUGAUGUGUUCUACAGUAAAUUUAAAACUCAUUUUGUGCUGUCAA